AUGAAUUCACUUCAUUCAUCCGGUGGGAAUACCUCUGCUGAACUUUUGAACAAAUCCUGGAAUAAAGAGUUUGCUUAUCAAACCCUCAGCGUUGUGGAUAGAGUCAUCUUCCCUUCCAUGAUCGGAAUGAUCUGCUCAACGGGGCUGGUUGGCAACAUUCUCAUUGUAUUCACUAUAACAAGAUCCAGGAAAAAAACUGUUCCUGACAUUUAUAUCUGCAACCUGGCUGUGGCUGAUCUGGUCCACAUCACUGGAAUGCCUUUCCUCAUUCACCAGUGGGCCCGGGGAGGGGAGUGGGUGUUUGGGGGGCCUCUCUGCACCAUCAUCACCUCCCUGGAUACCUGCAACCAGUUUGCCUGCAGCGCCAUCAUGACUGUGAUGAGCGUGGACAGGUACUUGGCCCUCGUCCAGCCGUUCCGACUUAGAGGCUGGAGAACGAGGUACACGACCAUACGCGUCAAUCUGGGCCUGUGGGCAGCUUCCUUGAUUCUGGCGUUGCCUGUCUGGGUCUACUCGAAGGUCAUCACAUUUAAAGACGGCGUCGAGAGUUGCGCUUUUGAUUUAACAUCCCCUGAGGACGUACUCUGGUAUACACUUUAUUUGACGAUAACAACUUUUUUUUUCCCUUUGCCCUUGAUUUUGGUAUGCUAUAUUUUAAUUUUAUGCUAUACUUGGGAGAUGUAUCAACAGAACAAGGAUGCCAGGUGUUACAAUCCCGGUGUCCCAAAGCAGAGAGUGAUGAAGCUCACCAAGAUGGUGCUCGUGCUGGUGGCCGUCUUUAUCCUCAGCGCUGCCCCCUAUCAUGUGAUACAACUGGUGAACUUACAGGUGGGGCGGCCCACGUUGGCUUUCUAUGUGGGCUACUACCUGUCUGUCUGUCUCAGCUACGCCAGCAGCAGCGUUAACCCAUUUCUCUACAUCCUGCUGAGUGGAAACUUCCGGAAACGCCUGCCUCAAGUGCAAAGGAGAGUGACUGAAAGAGGAAUCAACCAGAUGGAAAACACUUUGAAAUCCAGCCUUUAG